UUCAAUCUCAGAGUCGAUCGGACAACAAGUUCGUACCGAACACCACAAAAAAAAAUAAAUAAUGAAAAGCUUCAACAUGUUUGCAAUGCUGAUCUUGCUGUUCGCAGCAGUCGGAGCUGCUCCUCAAUUCCCCGGUUGGGAUCAGAACUUGGCCAGCACCUUUGUUCGAGGAAGACCCAUCGAAACGGGAUCUACGACAACAACCCCAGCACCGACUGCUUCGCCACAAAUCCAGGCCUGCAUCCAAUCCUGUCCAGCGACCAGCGAAUACAAUCCCAUUUGUGGCAGCGACAAUGUCAACUAUUACAACGGUGGACGCUUCGAUUGUGCUGUGCGCUGUGGUCUAAAUAUUCGUCGUCUACACUUGGGCAUCUGCACUCCUCCUCCCACCGGUUAGAGAGGGAUUUCUCUCUAAUUUCAUAGACUACUCUCAAGCUGAUUAUCAACUCAAUGUUCACCUUACCGCAUGACCUCAACAGUUGUGAAUAAACAACUAAGAGAGAGAGAGGAUUUGCUUGACUCUGGAAUCAUGCUAACUUGAACUGUAUAAAUUGAUAUAGGCAUAGUAUAAAAUAAGCUAAUAAAACUGAAUUUAAAUUUA